ACGUCUUCUGGACCAGCUCAUUAAAGGUGUCAACGAUCCUUAACAAACUAGCAGCGUCCUUUAAAGCCCAGGGAAACGACAUGGACAUGCUUCUUGACCUGUUCCAAAAGUUCCGGUCCCUCAGACUACAAGACUACAAGUCGGUCUGGGAAUAUGCAGCGGCUUUCAGACAAAUCAACUCCGACCUAGGAAAGAUUCACAGCGAAGCCAUAAUAAGAGACCUAGACAUGGUCAUAAUGUUUAUGGACGGACUCGAUUCAUCAUACAAUGAACUCGUCGCAGAUUUUCAGCGAAACCGCGCCUUUAUCGAGGACCCUGCCAACCCAGAUCUGAAGGUUCUCUCCUUUAAUGAGCUGGUCUGGAAGACUUUGGACGAAGAACGGCGCCUACGACGAGAACGUGACAGGGCAGCAGUGGCUAUGGCAGCAACUACGGAUCCAAACACUAAGCUGGUGGACUACUGUACUCGCUGCAAAAUGACUGGGCACUCGAUUAUCAGCUGCUUUUAUGUGCAUCCUAACUUGGCACCAAAAGGAUGGAAACCAAGGACCAAGAGACGAAAGAUGAACGACGAGAAGGGAAAACCUGGCGGAAAGAACAACAAGAAACGGCGAUUCAACAACGGUAGAAAAGAGAUUUAGGUACCUUAGGCCCUUCUUCUUUAUAUCUCUACCUAGGUACCUAUAUAUGUAUAUAUAAGAAUGGAUUGAAU